AUGCAGCCGACAUGCUCCGCUUGUGUCCGGCUCGAGGGGAGCGACGGGGCGGGAAAUCAAUUCGCGUCGAGACGGACGAGUGAAUCAAGUCUGCCAGGCAGAGGAAACCGGGGCCGGUCGGGUGCUCGUAAAGGGUUGCCAGCGCGACAACAGCUGGCAACCGGACAGAAAAGGCACAAGCAGGAAGCAGCCGGGCUGGAGGCGGUAGUCGGAGACGAAAUGUAA